AUGAUAUCAACGGGUGGUGCCAUCGAAUCAAGCAGCAUUGUAGCCAAUCUAUCCCUACAAGCUAAGAAGGCCUGUGCAGCCCUUCUGAUUCUUUGGAAGGGUCAGUUGUGUGAGCGUAUCAUCUUCCUCGCUUCCAUGGGUAGCUUCUUGACCUCCGUUCCGAUCAACUUUGUCAACCCCUAUGUGCAGACUAGUAUCGGCGUCCGUGUGACAUUUAUCUAUGGGGCGUUCUCGAUUGCGGCGCUGGGGUUUGUGUGGUUUUAUGUACCUGAGACGAAAGGAAGGUCGCUGGAGGAUAUCGAUGUGAUGUUUCAGGCGCAGGUUCCGGUGUGGAGGCUUAAUAGAUAUGUUUGUACUGGGUUGGGUGCACAGAUGGGGGGUGAGAAGUAUCCGGUCGGUCACGCUGAUACUAACGAUGAGAAACGGGACGGUCCUACUACGGAGGAGGUGGAAUAG